AUUUGUGGAGCAAGGCAGGUUAAACACAGACUUUCUAAAGCCUCGAAAUAGGAUAAAGCAACCACACGCAAACUAGCCAAGUUGAACAGAACUGGGCGCUGAGUGCAGCUAGGGAACUUUAUAUGCCUGGAGUACUUGAAGGCUUGUGAUUGGAGAGUGAGUGUUCGCGCGGCUGUGCCGGUUGGACCCUGUCGUCGCUGUAGAUGAAAGCGGAAUCGUCGCACGGAAACCGACUCUGUUGUUAGGAGACAUGGAGGAGAGAGAAAAAAUGGUUACCGAAGCCAUUCUCUCAAGUAUUGGUGAGGAUGGGAUGGCUUCAGAACAGGCUGUUAGUGUAGAAGUAAGUUCCCCAAGGUCGGUUACGAAUAACAGUUGGAGACCCAUAUCAGCAGGUGUUAACAACGAGAUGAAAACGGAUGUAGAUGAAGCUGACAAAAAAAUGCCUUCCCAGAGGACACGUGCCUGCAGUGCGGAAAGUAAGGUGCCUCACAUAAGAAUGCAGGACGAAGCUGCUAUUCAGCAGAUCUAUAUGUUCGGGAAGAAACUGGGACAAGGCAAUUUUGGCAUAGUGUUUGAGGCAACUAAAAUUGAAACUGGCAAGAAGUGGGCAAUCAAGAAAGUGAACAGAGAAAAGGCUGGGAGGUCUGCUGUCAAGUUGUUAGAAAGGGAGGUGGGCAUCCUGAAACAAGUGAACCAUGAACAUAUAAUUCAUCUGGAAGAAGUAUAUGAAACUCCAAAGCGAAUGUACUUGGUGACGGAGUUGUGCGAGGGUGGCGAACUAAAAGAAAUCCUUCAAAAAAAGAAAUACUUCACAGAAAAUGAGACCAGGCAUAUUAUUAGGAGUCUGGCUGCCGCAAUAGCAUACCUGCAUAAAAAAGAUAUAGUACAUCGGGACUUAAAAUUGGAGAAUAUUUUAGUAAAGCAGAUAGAAUAUAUAGAAAGGGAAUUAAAGCUUGAUAUAAAGGUAACUGACUUUGGCUUGGCAGCUCAGAAGGGUGGUGUUGGUAGUGAAAACAUGCUGCAGUCAACCUGUGGGACUCCCAUCUACAUGGCUCCUGAAGUUAUCAAUGCCCAUGACUACAGUCAGCAAUGUGACAUCUGGAGUAUUGGAGUCAUUAUGUACAUGCUGUAA